AUGCCAGGGGCAGUAUGCCUUCGCUCCAGGGCGAGUCUGCGCUUCGCAGCAUUUGCACCAAAAACUAGAACAUCCUUGACAAGGACAUACUCCGCCAAACGAGUACUAGAAAACGAAGCUGACACGGCGGAAUUCCUCUCAAAACCCAGCUGGUCUGUUCAAUCUCUCCUUCCGUCAGCCUCAGAUGCGACUACCACGCCCUCAACCACGCCUGCGCAACUCUCUCACCUCCUCCGAUUGUCAGCAUUGCCACAACCAAAAGAUGCUGCUGAGGAAGAAAGCAUGAUCGCAAUGCUAGAAUCACAACUUCACUUUGUCAGGGAGAUACAAAAGGUUGAUACUACGGGUGUAGAGCCUCUCCAGGCUAUCCGCGAAGAGACUAAGGAGGCGUUGGCAGAACGUACUAUUGGUCUGGAAACGCUCGAGGAUGCAUUGGCACAGGAAGAGUUCAAAGGGAAGAUGAAGAGGCCAAGGAGAAGAGGGGGCGAACCCAAAGAGAUAAAUUAUAAGGAGAUCGAGAGGCCAAGGAGAUUAGAGAGCGAACCCCAAAAGAUGGAUCGCCAGUGGAAACCGCUCUCCACAGCUAACAGAACGGCUGGGGAAUACUUCGUCGUUAAGAAUAAGAAGGACUAA